ACCUCAACACAGGUCACGCCUCCAGGAAGCAGAGAGCCCAGGCCCUCUGUAUGAAGCGAGGAGUAGUACAGGGGGGCGUUUUAUUUACCAGGCCACGAGAACACUGGUUUAAAGACAAUAUUGGGUCCGGCGUGGUGCUGUGAAACAGCCUCAGUUUAGUUCCUUGAGAGCUCUGCUCAGCUGCACUUUUAGCGUCUCUUUGACGUCGUAAGAGAAGCAGGUCAGAUUAACUAUGACUAAGAAACAUGUCUGCUAAAGAAGACAAUGAAGGGAAAUCGAGCUUUCACCACACCGAUUUGUACGGCAGCAUCCCUCCAACAUGCCUGCCCAUCGUGUACCACCCUGGCUAUAACAUCACAUUCAUGGGCCUGGAAAAGCUCCACCCAUUUGACUCAGGAAAGUGGGGGAAAGUCAUCCGCUUCCUGAAAGAGGAGCAGUUCAUCACCGAUGAGAACGUUGUAGAAGCCCGUGAAGCCUCAGAGGAGGAUCUGCUGGUGGUUCACACGAAGCGUUAUCUCUGUAGUCUAAAGUGGUCUUUUGUGGUGGCAACUAUCACUGAAAUCCCACUCCUGGUGAUUUUACCUAACUGUCUGGUUCAACAGAAGGUGCUGAGACCUUUACGGACCCAAACAGGAGGAACAAUAAUGGCUGGGAAGCUGGCUGUAGAGCGAGGAUGGGCCAUAAAUGUAGGGGGAGGCUUCCACCACUGCUCCGGUGACAAGGGAGGCGGCUUCUGUGCCUAUGCUGACAUCACACUGGCCAUCAAGUUUCUCUUUGAGAGAGUGGAAGGCAUCUCCAGAGCCACCAUCAUUGACCUUGAUGCUCAUCAGGGAAAUGGACAUGAGCGAGACUUUUUGGGCGACACCAGAGUGUUCAUAAUGGACAUGUAUAAUCACAACAUCUAUCCAGGGGACGAAUAUGCCAAACGAGCCAUAAAGAGGAAGGUGGAGCUAGACUGGGGCACUGAAGACUCAGAGUACCUUCAGAAGGUGGAGCUUCACUCUGAGGGAGCGCUGAACGAGGUUCGUCCUGAUAUCAUCGUCUAUAAUGCAGGGACAGACAUCUUGGACGGGGAUCCCCUCGGAGGCCUCUCCAUAUCUCCACAGGGUCUGAUUGGAGCCAAAGCCAUGGAGAGGGAGGGAUUGUCACAACUGGUGACCCACUUGACCCAAAGCUCCGGUUCUGCAGGAUCAGCACACACCGCUGUGUGAGGACGGGUGGCCUAUAAGCUAACACUCUUGGAAAUGCACUGAUUUAACUUUAUGGUGUUUGUUUUUUUUUCUUCAGAGAUUAAUUAUGAUAUUCUGUAUGUUCGGAAUCUAUGAAAGCUCAACAAUGAGUUUUUUCACAUACACGAUGAUGGUGUAAAAGUUUGACAAACUUGUACAUUUUGUGUGUGUCGUUUUAUGAAGGUCUAAAGGAAAAAUAGUAAAUCAAUAACAUUCAAUAGAUUUCAUAAGCAUGUGCCAUAAAAUGUGUUUGUUGUGCGUUUGGUGGCAAAUCAUUGAGAGGGAAUCCGUCAUCUCAGGAAAUCAAAAAAAACAACAAACAUAUAAUAAUGUUUGUUGGACUUAGUUAAAAACAAUAAUGUGGUGGAAGCGUCUUGUUUGUUGUUAUGAGGGUAAAAAGGUUUUUUCACACCGAGACUACAAUAGUUAAUAUAACUGUAACCUGGGAUGGAGUCAAGGCUGGCUCCUCUAAUGCCAACAUCAAGGCCGAAUGUUUAGGACUUCGAUAAAUGUUUCAGGACUUUGUUUUGUUGUACACCACAAAAUGCAAUGGAAAACGGCUAAUUACGCAAGCUAAACUACCAAUUGGAAUUAAACUGCUAAUUAUCAUAAUAUACAAAUUCUUACUUUAUUUUAAAAAAGAUUGAUAAUAAAAUCUCCGGCCAAUGAAGACUUCCUUCUUUCUUUCUUUCUUUCUGUCUUGUGUUUGCGUGUGGCCACCCGAAACCGUAGAUUUAGAGGUCGGCACAAGACAGUCCGCAACAAAUAAUGCGGCGCCGACUUCACACAUGUAACUGUUAUUAUUGUUAAUCCUUGCAGUGGAGGAAAGAUGACUGCAGUCAGAGAGGUGUUGAUUUUUACGUUGUUCCAGACACGUUUUGCUUGUUUAUACAAGUUCAACUGCUCCAAUAUGUGGAGUCUGAAAGCAGAAAGAGCGACUGGAGGUCAGCUGUGUUACAUCAGCUAUUGCUCCCAAUAUGGAAACACAAUCUCCACAAGCUUAAUUCCUAAUCGACGUCAUUAACUUUACAUUCUAACACGGUAUUUAAAAGUUGUCCAGCCUCUGUCAGUCCACACAAAUUAACUUCCUGUCGCCAUGUUUAAUUCCUAACAGGAAGUCCUGGUUGCUUUGAAGGAUUGUGAUUGGCUUACAUAGCUUUUAGCUUUGCCCUGCACUGCCCCCUAUGGGUUUGACAUGUUUAAAACGCCGCUCAGUAGUGUAAUUCCGCGGAUUCGUGUGGAUGAAUGAACACUAUUCUUAUACCAAACAAGUGUGGGCGAGAUUAUUUUGUAAAAAAAUUAAUAUCUUUGCUACAUUGUUUUAGAAAGACCUGGCUGUGUGUAGACAAGGCUUUAGUUUGUGCCUUAAUUUAAAAGGUUACUUGUGAAGGUUAAACAGUGUGGCACUAGGGUUGCGGUGUCUUUUUGCACUUUUGCCCAAAGAUUGAUAUAAGUCAGAAAUGAAGGCACUUCUACUUAUUUUCCCUUGUGUCACUACAGGUCUCUAGAAGUUGUCCCUUCGCAUGGGUAAAAUUUACAAGUGCUUGCCGUUGUUUUCUUUCCCAUUUUAAUUCUUCAUGUGUUUGAAAAGCAAAUGUAGUAAUUUUCUGCAUUCAAAUUGCAGGUGUUUCCUCAGUAAAAGCUUGACCGCACAGUCUGCGAACAAUCAAAGAACCAAAUGCCGUCCGCUGUAGUCAACUACCACAGGCAGCAGGAUUUUGUGGCCGCUACCAACUAGAACGGUGUAUUUUUUUUCUGCACUCUGAUCAUGCUGCUUUUCCCCCACAUUCAGCUUAUUGUGCAUCUGUGGGCGAAGAUAAAAGGGAGUUAACUUUUUGUAAUUGUGACAAAAACGAAAUGGUCUCGAACCGGCCAUGACCCAGCAGGUCGAACAAGAACAACACCAAGGACCGGGAAAAAAAAUCCGGUCGAGACCGGUCUUAGCCGUCCAUCCCUGUAACAUUUGAUAACUCUCUCACCAACGGUUUCAUUUCUGAGAAAUAUUCAAAUACUUUUUUUCCCUUUGUGUUUAAAAUACCAGUGUUUCAUUAUGAACUUAAUGUUUGUUUGUUUUUAACUCUUUUUUUGUUGUCUUAAUCAGCUGCUAUAUCUAGAUAAAAUAUUUACCUCUGGAAAACAUUUAAUAUAUUAAAUUUAACAUGAAAUGAAUCAGUGUCACAUGUUUGCAUCUUUGAGUUACAGCGGACUGAUCACCCAUCGUCAGGAAACUGGGGCUUCCUCCUGAGCGAUAAAUGUAUUGUAUAUUGGCUAAAAAAGUGAGACACUUAAGAUCAUGAUUAUGAUUUGGGGUUUUAUUUUAUUUAUUGUGAUUUAUUUUUCAAAUAAUGUCUAAUAAUCACUUUAUUAUUUGAACAUAAUGUUGAAUGGGUUCACAAAAUAUGAUUUUACGCUAAUAUUUGUAAUAAAGUAGAGAACAGUUGAA